GGGGGGGGGGGGUAGAUGGAUGGAAAUACGCUUCGGCCACUCAGGGUGCUGGGUAGCCGCCAGACGGGGUGCCAAGAGGGGGUCGGGUGUGAUUGGUCAGCUCGUGAAGCACGGUUCAAAGCAUGGCGACUCGAAGCUUCUCCUCGAUCUCGCAAGACUCGGCGGCGCGUUGUACUGUACUUUCAGCAUGUUCUUUUUUUAAUCACUGAUGAGAGAGAGAGAGAGAGUGGAGCAUUUUUUUGAAGAUUUGAAAUACUGUGAUUCUCUUUCUAUCUGCUUGAGGCCCCAUAUGUGAGAUACGUAGUAGUAGAAGUGGUGGUUUACACAACUGAAUGCGCCUAAAAGGGUAUUCUAGUACAAAAACAAAUAGAUACAAUCAAAGUGAAGUGAAGUGAAAAAAAAAACAAAAGCCAAAAAAAAAGUGAAGAGAAGUGAAGAAGAAGACAAAAAAACAUUCAUAUCCCGGAACACCAGGGGUGCAAAAGACCCCUCCUUUCCUAUCCCUUCCUAGUCCCCAG